AUGAGAAUUCUGCACUUGGUCACAAAACGUAUUACAGUACUACUGUAUUCAUUUUUAUGCUGUGGGAGAAAAAAGGUGAUCAAGUUUUUCUUGUCUAUUUUUUGUGCCGCUAGAAUGGCAGAAUUACAGGAACUCCUUGCAAUCGGGCUUUCCGAGCAAAAAGCUCAGGAAACCCUGAAAAACCGCUCGGUGACGUCAACAAUUUUAUCCGCAAUUUCCUCAGCUCGGGCUGAAUCGAAACUCGUUGCACCGGAACCCUUUCCGAAGCUCGUUGGCAAUCUUUUGUACCACAUUGGCACUCGGGCGAAGCCGCAAAUCUCCGCCCACAUUCCUCUCCUCGCGUCCUACGUUUCUUCGGGAAAAAUUGACUCGGAGGCGAAGCUGAAUUUUGCACUGGCUUAUUUGAUGGAUCACUUGAGUCCGGAAAUUGAUCGGGAAAAGUUUGACGCUGCUGUGGGUGUAGGAGUUCAAGUGACUUCCGAGGACGUUCAAAACACCAUUUCCGAGGUGAUUAGCCAACACCGAGAAGCUUUACUUCAACACCGUUACGGGUACAACGUCGGAUCUCUUUUGGCAGCUGCUCGUGCCAAACUCAAGUUCGGCGACGGCAAAGACAUCAAAAACGAACUCGACGUCCAACUCUUUGACCUUUUAGGCCCGAAAACCGCCCUCGAUUUGGCGCCGAAACCCAAAACGAAGCCCGUGGGGAAAACUACGAAACAAGGUGUCGAGACAAAAAAGGGCGCCGCCGCCGCGAAUGAUGUCGAUGGCGGCGGCGGCGGCGACCAAACGUCGCAGACUGUGUCCGAGCUCAUGAAAUCUCCGGCGAUGACGGCGUUACACGAACCCGGGAAGAACCACACGACGGAUGGUUACGUUGUGACGAAAAAUACGCAGAAAUUGUUGAAGGAGCAUAUGGCGAGAACUGGGGGCAGAGUGAGGACGAGAUUUCCGCCGGAACCGAAUGGAGUUUUACACAUUGGUCACGCGAAGGCGAUUCACGUGAAUUUCGGAUUCGCGAAGGCUCAUGACGGACUGUGUUUUUUGCGAUACGAUGAUACGAACCCGGAAAAGGAGGAGGAGAAGUUCUUUGUGGCCAUCAAAGAAAUGGUCGAAUGGCUUGGAUACAAACCCUACAAGAUAACGCAUUCGUCGGACUAUUUCCACGAGCUGUACGAAAUGGCGGAGAAGCUCAUCAAGGAUGGUUUGGCCUACGUGUGUCAUCAGAAACCGGAAGAAAUGAAGGGUUUUGAUCCCCCUCCGUCCCCCUGGAGAAACCGACCUGUUGAUGAAAAUUUGAGGCUGUUCCGUGCCAUGAAGGAUGGAUUGUUUGAUGAAGGAGAAGCUACGUUGCGACUCAAGCAUAUUUUGGAAGAAGGGAAACAGGAUCCUGUUGCGUAUAGAAUAAAAUAUGUUCCCCAUCACCGAACUGGAGAUGAAUGGUGUAUUUAUCCGACCUACGAUUACACGCAUUGUUUGUGUGAUUCUCUGGAAGACAUCACGCAUUCCUUGUGUACGAAAGAAUUUCAGUCUAGGCGUUCUUCCUACUACUGGUUAUGCAACGCACUCGACGUUUAUUGUCCGGUGCAGUGGGAAUAUGCCAGGUUGAAUGUGCAUCGGACAGUGGUUUCAAAGCGGAAAAUUGCUUCUCUAAUUAAAAAUGGAAUCGUCAGGGAUUGGGAUGACCCAAGGCUUUUCACGUUGACCGCCUUGAGAAGAAGGGGCGUCCCUCCCGAGGCCAUUAAUAAUUUUGUCGCGCGAUUGGGUUUGAGUGGAGCUCAAAUGGCUGUUGGACCCGAUUAUUUGGACUCGUGCGUUCGGGACACUCUCAAUGCAACUGCGCCGCGAACAAUGGUUGUUUUGGACCCCCUGAAAGUCACGAUCCUGAACAUGCACUCUUCUGAAAAGCGUUUCGAAGUGCUAGACUUUCCCUCGCAUCCAAAUUCCGCUACACAUAUGAUCACGCUGUUACCGGUGAUAUACUUGGAGCGAUCGGAUUUCCGCGACAAUGACGCCGAAAAGGAUUAUCGGAGACUGACUUGCACCCAAAGUGUGGGUCUGCGACACGCGGGUUUAGUGAUUAGUGUGAAAAAGGUGUUGCGAGGGCCGAAUGGUGAAGUUCAGGAGCUCGAGGUUGUGUGUUGUUCUGUGGAACAGACGAGGAAGCCGAAGGCCUUUGUUCACUGGGUCUCUGAUCCGGAGAAAUGCGAAGUGAGAAUGUAUGAGCAUUUGUUUAUGCAUCAGAAUCCUGAAAAUCCUGAUGAGGUGCCAGGAGGUUUCUUGUCCGACGUGAACCCGAAAUCGCUGACAGUUGUGAAGGAGGCUCUAUUUGAUGAGCACAUUCUUCACGAUAUUCCCACGCCUUACAAGGCAUAUCAGUUUGAGCGUCAAGGAUUUUUUGCAGAGAAGACAAUGUUGCGGUGGUCUCGCGGUUGUGCUUUGUGCGGAGUGCAGUUGCGAAAAGUGUGGAGUCGAAAUGUGACGAGUACGUCUGCCCCACUUGCAGCAGCUUUCAAUUCCAGACCCAUGCCAAAAAUUUCUUUCAGUUUCGCCGCGGAUGAAGUGGGUCUUUUUGGGAAGAAGGAAUUACGGGAUCCGACCGGGUUUUACUUGUUGAAAGAACGUGCGAUUUCGGAAGCGGAUGAACUCGUUGCGGAAGCCUGUUCUCAGCAUCGAACGAGGAAACUUGUGGAGAUUUUCGAUGAUUUGUCUGACUCUUUGUGUCGUGUCGCUGAUUUAGCAGAAUUUGUGAGAAUAGCCCAUCCGAAUGCGAAGUUUCGUCUGGCAGCGGAAGACGCUUGUUUGGCCAUUGGUGGACUGGUUGAAAAGUUGAACACGGAUUUGAAGCUGUACGAAAGCUUGAAAGAUGGACUGGAAUCUGGCCGAGAGAAGACAGCGUUUGGUUGCGACGAAGUGGACACGCGUGUAGCGGAAUUGUUCAAGUUUGACUUCGAACAGUGUGGAAUACAUUUGACCGAGUCUAAGCGGGAACGAGUGGCCAGAUUGAAUGAAGAAAUCUUGUAUCUCGGCCAACGGUUUUGUUCUGCUGCCAAUGCCCCGAGGGCUGUUCGAGAACGCGAUUUGCCUGCGCAUUUCGCCGCCAGGUUCAGGAAAGGCGGGGAUGGCACAGUGUUGAUAUCUAGUCUACAGGCGGAUGCUUCGCAGGAAACUACGCGAGAACUUGCAUACAAGCUCUAUUUGGCCAGAGAUCAUUCCCAAGAAGCUUUGUUGGAAAGGUUGCUGAGUUCGAGGCACGAAAUGGCCACCAUUUGUGGGUUUUCAACUUAUUCUGAACGAAUGCUAAGUUAUAGUCUUGGAAGAAAUCCUGAAUUUGUGGAUGAAUUCCACCGGUGCUUGAGGGAAAAGUUGGCACCUUUGGCAGCAGAUGACUUUUGGACCAUGGAACUGUUGAAGAAAGGUUCAAGUCCUGGCUCAGGACCUUUGGCCCCCUGGGACCCUCCAUACUACGCGUCUCUCACGCGACAAAAGGAUUUCGGCGUCACGAGUUCAUCAGUUGCAUCAUACUUCAGUCUCGGAAGUUGUAUGGAAGGUCUAGACAAACUACUGCAAACGCUUUAUGGGAUACGCUUGGAAUUGUGUGAAGCUGCGCCUGGAGAGCUUUGGUCGAAUGAUGUCCGGAAGCUUGCAGUUGUUCACGAAGCAGAUGGCUUGCUGGGAUACGUUUAUUGCGACUUCUUUGAUCGCCAUGACAAGCCGCACUCUGAUUGCCACUUCACAAUCCAAGGUGGACGAAGGCUGUCUGAUGGUUCAUACCAGGUGCCGAUUGUAGUGUUGUUGUUGUCCUUCCCACCUGGUGGCUUUGGAACUGAUGGGACCUUUGGACGAACGCCGCCGUGUUUGUCUCCCGGAAUGGUGGACAACUUGUUCCACGAAUUUGGACACGCUUUGCACUCUAAAGGUUCAAGUCCUGGCUCAGGACCUUUGGCCCCCUGGGACCCUCCAUACUACGCGUCUCUCACGCGACAAAAGGAUUUCGGCGUCACGAGUUCAUCAGUUGCAUCAUACUUCAGUCUCGGAAGUUGUAUGGAAGGUCUAGACAAACUACUGCAAACGCUUUAUGGGAUACGCUUGGAAUUGUGUGAAGCUGCGCCUGGAGAGCUUUGGUCGAAUGAUGUCCGGAAGCUUGCAGUUGUUCACGAAGCAGAUGGCUUGCUGGGAUACGUUUAUUGCGACUUCUUUGAUCGCCAUGACAAGCCGCACUCUGAUUGCCACUUCACAAUCCAAGGUGGACGAAGGCUGUCUGAUGGUUCAUACCAGGUGCCGAUUGUAGUGUUGUUGUUGUCCUUCCCACCUGGUGGCUUUGGAACUGAUGGGACCUUUGGACGAACGCCGCCGUGUUUGUCUCCCGGAAUGGUGGACAACUUGUUCCACGAAUUUGGACACGCUUUGCACUCUGUGAUGGGCAGAACGCGUUACCAACACGUGACUGGGACCAGAUGCCCCACAGACUUUGCGGAAGUACCUUCCACCAUGAUGGAAUUCUUUGCUGGGGAUCCCAGAGUGAUAUCAACAUUUGCUGUGCAUUACAAAACUGGGGAGAAGAUGCCUGAAGAGUUGAUUUACCGUCUUUGUGGUUCAAGGCACUGCCUAUUUCUGAGUGAAGUGCAAAACGAUUACUACGGGCUUCCGCAUGUACCCAACACCGGUUGGCAAUUGAGAUUUUCCCACUUGGUGGGCUAUGGCGCAAAAUAUUACUCGUACCUCAUGUCAAGAGCUGUUUCUGCGUGGAUCUGGUCUCGGUAUUUCAAGAAUGAUCCGUUUGACCGUCCUGGGGGAGAAGCUGUGAGAUAUGGUUUAUUGUCUCACGGAGGAGCAGUUGAUCCUAGGAUUUUGGUGGAAUCCACUGUUGGCAAAAAAGUCACUCCCGAGGCAUUGAGCAAUUGUCUAGUUGAUGAACUGAAAUCCAAGCGCAGUGAAAUGCUUCAUCUCAGUGUUGAUGUGCUUGGCAACAUGAUUGAUAGGCUUAAAUUAUCAGAAGUCAUGUUGAGGAGAUUAGGGCUUAGAAAGUGGCAUACCAGGGAUAAAUGGAUCAGCGGAUCCAGGUGCUAUGCCCAAGCCAUUUCUAAGGUGGCCCUGACUGAAACCAAGGACAGCGAAAAAAUCCGCAACAUUGGAAUCUCAGCUCACAUUGACUCUGGCAAGACGACUUUAACAGAGCGGAUUUUAUAUUAUACCGGGAGAAUUCAAGAAAUGCAUGAGGUGAAAGGCAAAGACAAUGUGGGUGCCACAAUGGACUCCAUGGAGCUGGAGAGACAAAGAGGCAUCACUAUCCAGUCAGCAGCCACUUACACUCUCUGGAAAGAUCACAAUAUCAACAUUAUAGACACCCCUGGUCAUGUAGAUUUCACUGUUGAGGUAGAAAGGGCUCUUAGGGUAUUGGAUGGUGCUGUUUUGGUGCUCUGUGCUGUUGGGGGAGUGCAGAGUCAGACCAUGACUGUGAAUCGGCAAAUGGCGCGUUAUUCUGUGCCCUGUUUAGCUUUCAUCAACAAGUUGGAUAGGACUGGUGCAAAUCCUGACAGAGUUUUGGCUCAGCUCAGGUCAAAACUGGGUCACAAUGCAGCCUACAUGAACAUUCCAAUGGGAAAGGAGAUGAAUGUUUCUGGACUGAUUGAUUUGAUCGAAGAGAAGGCCGUUUAUUUCAGAGGAUCUUGCGGUGAAGAAAUCGCUGAAGACUCGAUCCCAGCUGAAUUCCGGGCAUUGGCAGCUGACAGACGAGCUGAACUCGUUGAGCAUGUAGUCAAUGUGGACGAACUUCUCGGAGAAAUGUUUUUAGAGGAAAAAGCACCUACGAAUCCAGAACUGAAGGCUGCAAUUCGAAGAGCCUGUUUGAAGAGACAGUUCACUCCUGUGUAUGUUGGAACAGCUUUGAAGAACAAAGGUGUUCAGCCUCUGCUUGACGGUGCCCUGGACUUUCUGCCAAAUCCUGGAGAAGUUCAAAACUUUGCACUUCUAGAGAAAGAAGAUGGGGGCGCAGUGGAAAAAGUGCCUUUGUCAGCCAAUCGAGACAAUUCGCAUCCCUUUGUCGGGUUAGCCUUUAAGCUGGAAGCUGGUCGCUUUGGGCAACUGACCUACGUUCGGGUUUAUCAGGGAAUGUUGAAGAAGAGCGAUACCCUGUUUAACACUAGGACCCGGAAAAAGGUCAGGAUACCCAGGGUUGUGAGGAUGCACGCGGAUAAACUCGAGGACGUGAACGAAGUCUACAGUGGUGACAUCUGUGCUGUCUUUGGGGUAGACUGCGCCAGUGGCGACACCUUUGUUACUGAUCCCAAACUGAGGCUGUCCAUGGAAUCCAUGCACGUACCUGAGCCAGUUAUUUCAAUGUCCAUCGCGCCGAAAGAUAAGAAAACUGGUCUGGAAAACUUCACCAAAGCCGUAGCGAGAUUCACCAAGGAAGACCCAACGUUCACUGUCAAGUAUGACGACGACAACAAGGAGCUGAUUGCAUCCGGAAUGGGGGAAUUGCACCUGGAAAUCUACGGUCAACGAAUGGAGCGCGAAUUUAAUUGCCCAGUCGUGAUGGGCAAACCCAAAGUCGCCUUCAGGGAAUCCCUGGUGUCCCCCGUGGAAUUUGACUAUUUGCACAAGAAGCAGUCUGGAGGCGCUGGUCAAUAUGGCCGCGUCAUUGGAAUUCUAGAGCCCUUGCCGCCAGAGAAGAACACAGACUUGGAGUUUGUUGACCAGACAGUUGGCACGAACAUCCCCAAGAACUUUGUCCCGUCUGUGGAAAAGGGGUUCCGGGCAUUUUGCGAACAUGGGAUGCUUUCGGGUUCACGGGUUGCAGGGAUUCGGUUCCGGUUGAUCGAUGGGGAUCACCACGUUGUUGAUUCUAAUGACUGGUCUUUCCAGUUUGCUGCUCAGGGUGCCAUGAGGCAGACUUAUGGCGACAGCAGUUGGCAGAUUUUGGAGCCCAUCAUGUUGGUGGAAGUGAUGGUACCUGCCGAGUUCCAAGGCCCCAUUUUAGCCAUGUUGACGAAGCGAAGUGGGAUCAUCACAAACACUGAAGCAACUGAUGAUUGGGUCACGUUGACCUCCGAAGUGCCACUCAAUGAAAUGUUUGGGUUCGCCACUGAACUCAGGUCACAGACGCAGGGAAAAGGGGAAUUUGCCAUGGAAUACUCCCGCUACGCACCUGCGCUUCCUGAGGUUCAAAACAGAAUCGUCGAGGAAUAUCGGGAGAAGAUGGGGAUGACGGAUGACAAAAAGAAUAAGAAACGCAAUUGA